UUUAUUUAUAAAAAUUUUUUUAACAAUAAACAUUUCCUAUAAUAAACUCUGCUGGUUUAUUAUAUUUUGAUAUGUGGCUAUUUGAUAUCUUACCAAAUUUUGGUUGGUUCAGCCAACCUCAGCCAAAGAAAAGCAAAGAUGAAUGGGUAAGUCUGGGUGAGGAGUGUACGGAAUUGAAAAAACAAUACGAUGCCUGCUUCAAUACUUGGUUCUCAGAGCAAUUUUUAAGGGGCAAUACGGAUGAAUCAAUGUGUGCACCGCUUUUUAAAACUUAUCAGGAAUGUGUUAAGAGAGCUAUGCGUGAUCAGAAAAUAGAAUUGAAAGAAGUCGAAAGUGAUUAUACCACCGGCGGUUAUGAUAAGAAAACUGAGCAUGCCCAGAGCUGACCGCAGUGUUCGAGCAAUCGAACAGAAUCCAUUCCAACAGCCAGACAAUCAACAGAUGACAUAUUUAAGAAGUCAUUGGUUGAUGAUACCGAAAAAAAGGAACAUAAACGUGCUAGCUCUUGGUAAAGAUCAAUUGCAACAAUUGCCUACAAUCGCAAUUCAUCUAAGUUUAAUUAAAAGAAAUUUAAUUAAAGAAAUUAAAUUUACAAAAUUAAAGAAAUUUACUGGUAAAUAUCAGACCUAAAA